AUGCCAUUCAAAGAUAUUUUUCAUCACAAGAAGGACAAGGACGGCAACGCUAAGCCAUCAAGACUGUUAACUUCCAUUCAUCUCACAAACAAGAGCCCUUCGGCCUCAUCAGCCUCUUCUAGUGCUUCUACUUCUACCUCCGAUCCUUCCUUGAUUACUUCCCAUUCCCUGGACGCUCUAGAAAGAAAACUUCAUUCAACAAAGUCAGCGCUCUCGAUAUCAAAUUUGAAAAAGGCCUCCACUGAGUUAAACCCAAAGAGCCACCGCAAACAUUCAGAGAGUAUUUCUCUUGGCUCUAUCAAUCCUUUUUCAAAAGACAAGAGCCGCCGCGCUACUGGGGACUCUGAUAGUCACAAACAAAUCACAACUCAUCAUGGGGCUUUGACUCAUGCUCCUGGCAAAAUAAAUUUGAUGAUGGGUAACCAUAACUCACCCCAAGGUGAUGAAGCAAAUGUAGUCACCCCAACAAAGGACACGCCCAUUAUCCCUAAAAAACAAUCGUCUGUUAAUACAACCCCAAAACCAUUACCGUCAAUUGAUUCUGUGCCAAAGAAAAAGGAUUCUAUCAUACAGUAUAAUCCUUAUGGCAGCAAUUCCAUCCCAUCGCAUUAUCUGUACUCGCUGCGUCCUGCUUCUCAGUAUAACACUACCAACCAUUUAACUGCCAGAAUUAGCACCGCUGCUAGUGUCUCUGAAGAUAAACCCAGAGUGUUGCCAUUACCAAUUGAAAGUCCUAACAGUUUUUUGCCUCAGUUACUUCAGCAACUCCACGUCGACAUGUAUGAUGAAUACGUAUUGCCAGACUCAGAUUCCAGUAAAAAUAGAAAGUUGGGUGAUGGUGCUUCUGCGUCAGUUCGAGUCGUCUUAGUUAGAGCGGAUAAAGUAUCUAGAGCGUUGAAGAAAUUUGUGAUGUUUCCAAGAGAACAACCUAAGUAUUUUUAUACCAGGUGCAGUAAAGAGUUUGUCAUUGCCAAAGCUUUAUCGCCUUAUGAGCAUAUUGUUACAACCUACUCACUUGUAAAAGUCCCAUCCAUUGCUGAAAUGACCCGUGGUUGGGGAUUUGUGUUAGAAUUAUGUCCUGGUGGGGAUUUGUUCUCUUUAAUUGGUCGCAGUGGCUGGAAGUCCACCAGCAACGAAGAAAAAUUCUGCAUCUUCAAACAAAUCUGUUUAGCUGUCAAGUUUAUGCAUGACAAUGACAUUGCUCAUCGUGAUUUGAAACCUGAGAAUGUAUUACUCACCGACCGUGGUACGGUGAAACUUACAGAUUUUGGUGUUUCCUCGUUUGGACAUGAAACCCACGGUGAUUUCGCAUCUCCGAUCAAACUUUCUACCGCGUACGUUGGCUCUCCUCCUUAUUCUCCACCGGAAGUUAUGUACUUUCAAUCUUGGAAUAAAAAGCAAAAAGACGAUCCAAAUUUACCAAAAUAUGAUUCCUUUAAAAUGGAUUGUUGGGCGUUGGGUAUGCUUUUGUUUUGUAUGGUGUAUCAAGGGACACCUUUUCAAGAGGCCUCUUCAUCAGAUUCAUUUUAUCGUGAGUUUACCUCGGCCUAUGAUGCAUUCCUCUCCAAGACUCCAUCUUUCAAACAACCUGGUAAUUAUAGCGUAAAGGGACCAGGCGUUGAGUAUAAAUAUGGGCAAGCUUUCAAAGAUUCUGGUGCAAGCCGUGUUGCAUGGCGUCUUUGUGAUCCAGAUCCAAAAACUAGGUAUACAAUGAAGGAUUUGUUUAGUGAUCCAUGGUUCCUCAACCUCGAAAUGUGCCAUGAAGAAUAUGAUGAGGAGGUGUUGAUGACACGUAUGAAGUCCCAUAGUUGUGAUGCUGCUUCUCUAUUUGAUGAUGAAAGCGUUCCAAAAUCAGUAUUAGAAGCCGAAUUGACUCAUGGUAGAGAGGUAAAGAGAGAAGUUCCGGCUCAACCUUCAGAUCCAAAGAAGUCGAUGCUUGAUGUUGGGGUAUCUUCUGGUAGUACUUCUUCGCUCCCACCACCAGAAACAAAGAAGUCGAUACUUAAUGUUGGCUCAUCCUUGCAUACUAAUUCUCUUCCUGAUAUUUCUGAAAAGAAUGUUGAAUCUAAGCCAAUUUCUCCGACUAUCACCAAAAAAAAUAAUAGCCUGGUGACGCACACUUUCGAAUCUGCCACUGCCCAAGCACAAGCAUCCGCCAUGAGCCCAACAAAGGAAUUGUUUCCAGUUGUUGAAGAUGAGGAAAGAAGUGAUAAUAAAGAUAUGGAUGAAAUUGAAAAGUCGUUGGAGAGAAUACCUAUUAAGGAUAAGAGUGAACCAGAGAUUGGAAUAUCUUCCCAAGGUGAAAGUGAAGCUGAAGGCUCGGCUAUAGAAUCACCAGCCAAGGCUUGUCCAACAAUUGCUGAAUUGAUCAAAGAGUUGCCAACAAGCAAAUACUGUAAAGGCAGAAUCAGGAAACAUCACCAUACUAGUAUUUCCGAUAUUACCCAAAAUGCUCUUGGGAGAGGACUGCAAAAUUAUGCAAAUGGUGGAUAUACUAGUGCUGCGGCCAGUUAUUCAGCUGUUGGGACUCACCGUAUGUACAGUAAAGUUUGA